AUGCUUGUGCGAUACGCAAAACCUCCAAUUUCGCCCCCAUUCGCCCCAAAAUACGCCCUUAAUGCAUUGCUAUUUAUAAGGAUUGUCCAACGCAUACGACGUACUUCACCAGUGACGGGUGCCGAUUGCUGGGCCUGCGAAGAUCCUGCCGACACCAAGCCAGCUAGUGGGGAUGAUAGAUGCGAGGGGCUGCUGGGUGGCCCUUCUGUAAUGUAUAUUUUGAGCGGUUUUGGAAUCACGGGUGGCGCUCAUCGAUUGUGGACCCAUAAAGCUUACAAAGCAACGUUACCCAUGAAACUCUUUCUCCUCGCUUGUUUCGCCAGUGCUGGUCAGAACUCACUGUAUCAAUGGGUGCGUGAUCAUCGAGUCCAUCACAAAUACAGCGAUACGGAGGCUGACCCUCACAACGCAAACAGAGGUCUAUUCUUUUCUCACAUAGGAUGGCUUAUGAUGAAAAAAAAUUCUGAAGUACUUCUCCGAGGUAAACAAAUGGACAUGAGUGAUAUUGAAGCGGAUCCUGUGCUUAGAUUUUACAACAAGUAUUUCAAUUACUUCAAGAUAAUGCUUUGCUACGUGAUACCAACUACAAUGAGCAUAUGGUUGUGGGGAGAAAACUGGCGUUGCGCUGUAGCUUGGCAGUGCUUCAUACGAUUCCUGAGCAUGUUCCACAGUGAACUUACAGUUAAUAGCUUAGCACAUGCCUAUGGAUACAAACCUUAUAACAAGAAUAUAGUCCCGAGAGAAAAUCGUUUUGUUGCGACAUGCACGUUUGGAGAGGGGUGGCAUAAUUACCAUCAUGCUUUCCCUUUUGAUUAUAAAGCUGCCGAACAUUUUGAUACAUUCAACUUAUGCACCACAUUUAUAAACAUUUUUAAAAGAAUUGGAUGGGCGUAUGAUCUUCGUGAAGCGACGCCUGAAAUGAUUAAUGGAAUAGCGAAAAGACUGGGUGAUGGAACGCCUUUGCACUUUCCUAUGCCAAUACAAUCUGAAAACUAA